UUUUGUUUCUGAUCUCUCCUCCAGUAGACGGAGGCGCCGCUGCGGAGAGACCGGCGUCAAUCUGCGCGUGUCUCGUCCGCGGACGUACCCGGUGCUUGUCAUUGCCUUACCAUCGGAAACUGUUCAAGAGCAUUUUGCAGCUUCAUUGGUGGAGUUCAAUUCAUUUCAUGUGACUGAAGUUCCAGCAGACUCGGAUGAGAUAGGCUCUUUCUCCGCCAGAGGCACCGGAGCAUCCGCACUUCGGUUCGGUUCUGCUCAGCUGAUCUUCCUCCAUUCAGCCGGUGAGGACUCGUACUCUGAGCUCUGACAACUUCAACAACUCCAGGAUGUUGCGUGUCAGCGCCGGUGGGCUGCAGGUUCUAGCGGUUCUGCUAGUGUUUUCUGCGGACUGUGGUGUGACUCAAGCCGAGACUCUGGUGACCGUCCGGAGAGUGACCCAUCCUCCCUUACGCCGUCCGUUGGCGGACUCCGCCCUCCUCCCGUGUGAGUUCACGCUGUCGCCUGCCCUCGUCCCGGCCCACGGUCCUUACAUCCACUGGACCCGCGGGUCGGGAGACCAGGAGAGGACGGUGCUGUCAGCACGGGACGGGGUGGUCAGGGUGCAUCAGGCGUACGCGGGUCGGGUCAGUCUGCCCGGUUACUCCGCCAACCAUCUGAACGCGUCAUUGGCUCUCUCUCAGCUCCGCUCCAAUGAUUCCGGGACUUUCCGAUGCCACGUCGCCCUGGGAGACAGUUAUGAGCAGGAUACAGUCAACCUGGAAGUCACAGGUGUGGUGUUUCACUACCGUACUCCUGCGGAUCGGUAUUCCCUCUCCUAUGCGGAGGCCGUUCGAGCGUGUGAGGAGAAUUCGGCUCAGAUCGCCACGGCCGAGCAGCUGUGGGCUGCAUUUCACUCCAGUAUGAACAGCUGUGCGGCCGGCUGGCUCAAAGACCAGAGCGUCAGGUAUCCCGUACAGACACCGGAGCUCGGUUGCUAUGGACACACUGAGUUUUCUCGUGGGGUGAGGAAUUAUGGGAAACGGGACCCUUCAGAACUGUUUGACGUAUAUUGUUUCACCAAUGACAUGCAAGGUGAAGUGCUUCCCGCCUCCGCCCCGGACAGACUGACACACCUGGAAGCCUCGGCUCACUGCGCGUCUGUCGGCGGUCAGCUGGCCACCGUCGGUCAGCUCUACCUGGCCUGGAGGUCCGGACUGGACCACUGCGAGCCGGGCUGGCUGUCCGACGGGAGCGUGAGGUUUUCUGUCAGCGCGCUGCGGUCAGAGUGUGCCGGCGGAGAAGCAGGUGUCCGAACCGUUCCUCCAGCAGAACUGAGCAACGGAACCGCACGCUUUGAUGCUUUCUGCUAUCACGCAAAGAAACCGCAGACGGCUCUGACGGGCAUCAUGAAGUCCUUACUCAGACCGUGGAGGUACAUGACUGGAGACGACAGCUCAGAGGAGACGACAGAAGACGCGUCCCAGUCUCAGUCUUCCACCACCGACGCACAGGCUGCCAGCCAGUCGGACCUUCCUGACCUCCAGCCCUCUAACUGGACCGGACAGGUGGAUUUGGACAAAGAGCCGCACAUGGCCGCCGAAGCCCCCGAGCUCUCAGCCGAAUAUCUGACAGUCCGUCUCCGCGCUGGAGACACGUCUCUGGACUGGAGCGGACAGUUGGACUCGUUCCCAGACAGCGAACAGGUGGUUCCUGCUCCGGGGUCAGAUCUGAGUCCUGGCGGAUCGGCCACAGAGGAAGAGGAUGAGGAUGAAGGUCUGUCCGGACAGUCUGUCAGUCCUACAGCUCCUCAAGGAAAGGGCAAGAGUUCCCUCACCAACAUCGUCAGCUCAUUAUGGAAACCCUGGAGCUACUUGACAGGAAGUGAGGCGGAGGCGACAACCAAGAGUGCGGCUGCUAUGGAGACGACCGUGAUGGACAUGAAAACCACUGCAACUCCUGGAUCAGGGUUGAUGUCAUGGUGGAGUCGCUCAUGGCUGUCUGGUCCUUCAUCCGUCACUGAUAAAUAUAGCACAUCCUUUCCAUCCACAAGUUCAGACGUACCAACAUCAAUCUUGCCAAAAACCACGGGCCGACCAACACAGAGCGGUCCGGUGACUGCAGGAGAUUGGGUCGAGGUCACCGAAACACCUGAGCAGAAAUCCAGAACCUCCGAACCCAGAGUCUCCGUAUCAACUGAGAGCUACUCCGGAGAAAGCAAAGUCCUGGAGACGGAGGGCAGCUCGUGGGGAGACACGUACACGUCGUCCCAGACGCCGCUGACGUCGAGCACCGGUUCCCUCGCCAGCGCCGCACACGGCCAUGAGGCUCGUGGAGAGAUCCAGUACAGACGCAGGAACAAACCCAAGAGACUCAACCCAAGCACCACUGAGAUGACCACAACCAUCGUCCAGAGCACAGCCACACCGUCUGCCGUGUCUUACAGUACUGGAAUCAGUGGAUCGACCAUCUCCACAUCCACAGACGAGUCUCAGACGGCAAGCUCUGGAACGACGGUAACCAGCAGCGCAGAGCCGGAUGUGAGCAGCACUGAGGUCGUCGGGAAGAACCACUCCAUCGGAGAAGAAGAGGACGACAGAUGCAGCUGUCUGCACGGAGGGACAUGUCUUCCUCACGGAGAGGGUUUCCGCUGCUUCUGUCCGCAGGGAUACGCAGGAGAGAGCUGUGAAAUCGAUGUUGACGACUGUCAGUCGAAUCCCUGUGAGAACGGCGGCACCUGUAUCGAUAAAGAGGACUCGUUUGUGUGUCUCUGUUUGCCCAGCUACAGCGGAGACCGAUGUGAGAGAGACACAGAGGGCUGUGAACACGGCUGGAAGAAGUUUCACGGCCACUGCUACCGUCUGUUUCCACACAGACACACCUGGGAGGAGGCAGAGAAGGACUGCAGGGAGCACAGCAGUCACCUGACCAGCAUCACUUCCUCCAUGGAGCAGGACUUCCUUAACGGUCUGGGUCACGAGAACGCUUGGAUCGGUUUGAAUGAUCGUACAGUUGAAGAGGAUUUCCAGUGGACUGAUGGAAUGGACGUUGUGUACGAGAACUGGCGGGAGAAUCAGCCGGAUAAUUUCUUCGCGGGCGGAGAGGAUUGUGUGGUGAUGGUCACUAGAGAGGACGGCAAAUGGAACGAUGUGCCCUGCAACUACAAUCUACCCUACAUCUGCAAGAAGGGAACAGUCAUGUGUGGCACUCCUCCGGCCGUAGACAACGCCUAUCUAGUGGGCCGCAGACGCUCACACUACGACAUCCACGCUGUGGUGCGAUACCAGUGCGCCGACGGCUUCUUUCAGCGCCACAUACCGACCGUCCGCUGCCGACCCAAUGGAGUCUGGGAAAGACCCAAGAUCAUCUGCACUAAAUCACGGCGAUCUCACCGUUAUCGUCGGCAACACCACAGAUCUCGACGUGAGCAUCGAAGACACCGGAGACACGGAUCCGGGCACAGGGGGCGGGAUUAGGCCACGAGGGCGGAGCUAAACAACAGGGGUCGUCACCUCUGACCCCGUGACAUCUGUUCCGGUGUUUCCCUGUCAGAGGAAACGCAACAGACGGAAAGGACAGAAACUAUCACUCCUCCUCUUCUCGUUUACCUUCCUUUUAGUUCAUUUAGGUUUCAUUAACCCGCUGUUCACAUCUUCAACUCGACGUAACGUUAUUUCAUGUGUACCGAAGGUUAUUCGAUGCAGACAGUCGGUCAUGUGGGCAGAACAAACGCCUCUUGAUCUUUUUGGGAUAGUUGUAUUAAUUUGUUUAGGCAGCCGGUGAAGGUUUUAGUAGCUCAUGUUCAUAGAUUUUUUGGAUUUAAUGCUUUAAUGAAAUACUGAACGUCCCCAAAAUGAAAGAAGUUCACCCUUCAUAAAUAAGACGCUUGUAAUCAAUUCCUUCAGUCUAACAUCUUUGUAUCUUUUACUUCGUUUCGAGUGUUUGCUGAUGAUUUGGUUUAUAUUGCAAUCUUUAACUCUUGUGAAAUGUUGGAGUAGAAUCGUAGGUAUGUUCUGUCAUGUUUAAUCUCAUGAAGAAAAGCAACAUCCAAGUCACGUUUCGCCACUAAAUGAAAAGAAAUUCAAUUUUGCAUAAAGAACAUGAAGCCUAUUUUUUAAACUGGUAAGAUUUUUUUGCAUCGUGACAGUUACAGUGCAUUCCCAUUAAAUUAAAAAUCCAAACAUUAAAAAAAUCACAAUUCCAAUUGGUCCUAAAAUAAGCUUUUUUAAUGCAAAUGUAAUUUCUCAUUUCUUCUUUUUGAUGUUGUGGUGAAAUAUGACCAAAAAUCAGUUCACUUAUCUUCUCGCACAGAUUGUGAUGAAGCAUCUGAAAGCUUUGAAACGUUUUUGACAGGUGUCGGUUUACCCAUCUAACUGUCAUCUCUGUGUUCAGAGUGAUUCAAAGUCAGUCAUUUCUGUCUAGAAUUUGAGUGUUUGAAGAGAAACAGACGCAGGCACAUUGAAUCCUCAAGGAGGCGAUAAAGUUUCAUUCAAAUGUCAGUAUCAUUAAACCAGUCGUGUUGUCAUUCAGGUUAUCUCAAAAAGAUCAAUAAAUUGACCUGAAAGAGAAAACUGAGCCUAGAUAGGAAGUUUAUGCAUGAACACAUACUUUAUAAAUUACGUUCAGACACAUUUUGAAAUGCACCAAUGUGAGGAAAUUGGAGUUUGCGUUAGUGUUCACAUCCUUUAUCAGGAUUGUUUCGUGUCUCAUUCACUCUUCACUCCCUUGUACGACAGUUUAUUCUCACCCUGCUGAAGCACGUGUGACUGUGGCGUGUUGGAGGAGUUUCAGACGGACUCAUUUGACAUGCCUGUUGCUUGGUAACAUCGAAAUGUUUCUCUGUGUCCUUCCCGUGUGUGUGUGUGUGUGUGUGUGUGUGUGUGUGUGUGUGUGUGUGUGCAAGAGAGAUUGGAAGUGUGUGUGUGUGUGUUAUUUGAGAUAACAGCAUGUGUUUGUGUGUGUGUUUUUUGUUUGUGUAGUUUUAAAUGUUUUUUACAGUACAGAUGACACUCAUUAAUUAGUUCACAACCAUAAUAAGCAUUUUUGUCUUGUUCCCCUACAAAUAUCUAAACAUUCUUAAAUCAAAACACAUUUAAUUCUUCUUUUUGCCCCCAAAAAAUGAAUGCUUAAAACAAGAAAAAAUAUCAGCAACAAUUUACUUUUCGCCUUUAUGUAUAAUGCAUUAUAAAGGCAUUCAUAAUGUACAUUAUAAUGCAUUAUAUCUUUUCAUAAAUAAUUGUAACCAAAGUUAAAAUGCAUUAUAAUAUUCACCGAUUCCUUGUUCCAUCUAAAAUUGGUUGUUCGUCAUGCUUUAAUGCAUUAUACUUUCUAAAGGUGCAUUAUAACUGAUUAUAAUUAUUCAUGAGAUCAUACUUAAGGCAUAAUUAAUGCAUUUAAAAAUACUUUUAUGUAAAAGCUUUAAGUAAAGUUUUACCGAAAUAUCUGCCAAUGUGGUCAGAAAAAAUAAACUUAUUUUCCCUUUUUAAUUUUAAGCAUAAACUUGCUUAAUUUUGGCAAGUUUUUCAGACAAGACCAUUUUGCAUCUCAAGUAAAUGUGUCUUGAUUUAAGAAAGUUUAGAUAUUUGUGUUGGAAAACAAGACAAAAAUACAAAGUAAGAAAAUAAUUUUUUUGUUCCUAAACCUAGUGAGCUGCCUAACUAGACAACUCCAAAAAAAAGAGUUCAUUGCAACAAGAAAUAUAAUCCGGUAUUUGGGAUGAAGCUCAAUAAAAUAUACUUACAUUUCAUUCAGUGGUGGAAAAUAUUGAUAAAACAUUUAUUCUAAUUAAUGCAUUAUUUUACACAUAUUUGUGUGUCAUUUUUAUUCAAAUACAGUGUUAAUAAAGUGCACUUCGUGUGGGUUUGACACACCAGGUUUUGGAGAAGAUGUGUUUGACACCAAUAACCCAGUGUGAAUCUGGAUUUGUUUUCUUUUCUUUUUGCUCUGUGUGUUUAUUCCUAACAUGUAGCCUAUUCUUUAGUGAACAUGAUGACAAAUAAUCCCUUCAGCUCACUCCUCUGUUUGAUCCGAGCUUAUUCUUCUGUAUAUAAAUUGGAUGGAGUUUGUAUUCUGUUGUUUUCACUCAUUUAUUCCUUAAUGAUGCUCAUGUUUUUUAUUCUAUUGUCUGAUCACAUGUAAUCGCCCUCUUCAGUAGUUUUUGCAGAACUGACAUGGAAACGUGUGUUUCACACAAUAACAACACGAGCGUAUGUUUCAGCAGCUCUUCAUGAAAUUCGGCACAGAUGAAUCUGGUUUCUGAAGUCAAACCUUGGUGUUUUUAUGGCUUCACUUCUCGUUUGUUGAUGUGUUUUGUUCUUUAUUAAACUCGAAACAAACCAACAAUAAAACUGAUUGGAUCAAA